AUGACGCAGGGCAUCACCAAGACAUGGCCUGUCCAUGAGAUCGUUUACACCGCCAUUGUCGGCCUUGUUAUGGUGGCAGCCCUCCUUGAGUGGUUCCUAUGGCUAGCUGCAUUCAUGUACUGCUUGGUAAAGGUAUACCAAAAAGCAGAACACUGGACCAUUAGGGUUCUAGCUGUUGUUAUCGGGCUCUUAUUUUGCGGUCUCCGCUUCAUAUUCUUGCCGAUUAUGCUCGUUACCCUGCCUCUUCCCAGCCAGAUCACUCGAUUGUGGCCAAAACAGAUGGUCAGCAUUCUCCAGUGGUUUGCUUUCUGGAGUUUUGCCGGUCUCCUGACGGUUCCCUGGCUCUUCUGCAUCUAUCAACUUGUCACAAAUCAGCUUGGCCGAACAAAACGAGUCAAGCAGGUACUGGACGAGGUUUCCGCUCCAAAGGUCGUCAUCGUCAUGCCCUGCUACAAGGAGGAUCCCGAAGUCCUCGUCACCGCUAUCAACUCGGUCGUGGAUUGCGACUACCCUCCGUCGUGCAUUCAUGUGUUCCUUUCAUUCGAUGGAGACCAGGAAGACGAGUUAUAUCUGAACACGAUUGAGAAACUAGGUGUUCCUCUUACCCUCGAGUCUUACCCGAAGAGCAUCGACGUCAACUACCGAGCAGCCCGUGUCACCGUCUCGCGAUUCCCCCACGGCGGGAAACGCCACUGCCAGAAGUCCACCUUCAAACUCAUCGACAAGGUGUACAAGGAGUAUCUGAAGCGCAAUGACAACCUGUUCAUUCUAUUUAUCGACUCCGACUGCAUCCUCGACCAGGUCUGUCUACAGAACUUCGUGUACGAUAUGGAACUAAGCCCUGGGAACCGAAGAGACAUGUUGGCAAUGACGGGCGUCAUCACUUCAACGACAAAGAAGCACAGUGUCAUCACCUUGCUACAGGAUAUGGAGUACAUCCAUGGGCAGCUUUUCGAGCGAACGGUCGAGUCGGGCUGCGGCGCCGUCACCUGUUUGCCAGGAGCCUUGACGAUGCUGCGAUUCUCUGCGUUCCGGAGAAUGGCCAAAUACUACUUUGCUGACAAGGCCGAGCAGUGUGAGGAUCUAUUCGAUUUCGCCAAGAGCCAUCUGGGCGAGGACCGAUGGCUGACGCAUCUCUUCAUGAUCGGCGCGAAGAAGCGGUAUCAAAUUCAAAUGUGCACCUCGGCGUUUUGCAAGACGGAAGCAGUACAGAGUGUGCAAUCGCUGGUCAAGCAGCGACGAAGAUGGUUCCUCGGUUUCAUCACCAACGAAGUCUGCAUGUUGACAGACUGGCGUCUCUGGAAACGGUACCCGAUCUUGCUCGUGGUUCGGUUCAUGCAAAACACUAUCCGAACGACGGCCUUGCUAUUCUUCAUAUUGGUGCUCUCGCUGAUUACGACGACUAUGAAAGUCAGCCAGCUGCCGGUCGGGUUUAUUGGCAUCUCACUCGGAUUGAACUGGCUGCUGAUGCUGUACUUCGGCUUCAAGCUCAAGCGAUAUAAGAUCUGGCUGUACCCGAUGAUGUUCAUUCUGAACCCCUUCUUCAACUGGUACUAUAUGGUAUACGGAAUCUUCACGGCUGGUCAGCGAACUUGGGGAGGCCCGCGUGCCGACGCUGCGACUGCCGACCCGGAAACGACUGUCCAGGAGGCCAUCGAGAAAGCCGAGAAGGCGGGAGACGAGCUCAACAUUGUACCCGAAACCUUUAUCCCAGCCGCAGAGGUCCAGAGAGCGCAGAGCAAAGGAAAGAAGGAAGGCGGUGUCGUCCGAUCGCGCAGCAAGCUGCAGCCGCCAGAGAAGCUCGACGGCAGAUUCGCCGCUCCCGAGAAGAAAGCCAACGGCUUCUACUCCCACCCCGAAGAUUCCUCAUACAGCUUCGCCAUGCUGGGCGAAUCGUCUCUCGGUGUGAAGGGUCGACUCACUCUCGAGCACCGCGAUUCCUGGGACAGCUUUCUGACAACGGGAAACAAUUCGGUGUACAAUCCAAGACGAGUCGAGAGCUUCAUGGGAGACGAGGAUCGGAAGAAGUACGAGAUGGCACAGGGAAACCAGUACAACCAGUUCGUCGAGGACAGCAAGAAAUUCGCGAUACCGCCCCAGGGCCAGGUAUACGAGAUCUCGGAUACCGAGCUGGCCAGGGCGGAAUGGGAGGCGGUAAAUGAUACUGCAGCGUCGGACAGUGGAAGGCCGGGUCGCCAAUAUCAUCGUAGCAGACCUGGCAGCGGCGGCAGCAGUGGGGGUUCCCAGGCCUUGCGUGCCCCUUCGCCAGGAGGGCCUGACGCGGUCGAGCAACCCUCCCGGACAAGGCGAGAGAGCCUCGGCGUACCCACGAACCACCGCAGGACGGGGAGGAGCCCGCUCGGAAGAGAUCAAAUGAGGUCGGAGGACGACUACGAGUCUGAGCAGGAUACGCCGAGGGGGUCGAAUAGUCGAAAGCAAGGGGGGAAUUCUCCUCGGUGA